GUACUUGCGGACCUUGACUUGAAAUGUCCGAUAAUAGUGCUGCGCUAGCUUAAAUAGCGAGCUUAAAUCCCGUCUUCUUGAUCCCAAAGUUCACCUUUCUUUUCUAUCUUCCUAGGAAGGCCUCAUCAUGGCCAAUAAUGUUGACGCCACUGCACCAGUGACAAGCAUACCUCCCGGAAACUCUGGCUUGUCCGCCGACCUCAAGUCCACCCCACACGCAGUUACUGUUGUCAGCGGACACAUUGAUAUUCUAAGUGUCAAAAAGGCAGUAGGAAUCGACCACACGGACAACCGGGUCAUACGUAUCAUCGUGCUCCGCAAGCUUGACCCAAUCACGACGCUGAGCGACAAAGAGUUCCUCCUCGCAUGGUGGGAAGUCGUCAAGUGCCAUCGCGCCCUCUGGAAGAGAGGCGUGCAUCACCGAAACGUCAACCCCAGUAAUAUUAUGGGAUACAGCUUCGGUGGUCGAUUUAUCAGCGUCCUUAACGAUUUUGACUUGUCAUCGAUUAAACAGGAUCAUCCCAGAGGCUUCGAACGCACAGGAACGGUGCCAUUCAUGUCGUUAGACCUUCUCACACCGGAAGCCACCGCAGACGAAGUCGAACACGUGUACCGGCAUGAUGUUGAAUCGUUAAUUUGGGUCCUCAUUUGGGUCAGCCUUCGGUAUGAAGAUGGCAAGCUCCUGAGUAAGGACAGACCACUGGAUGAAUGGCUGAUGUCAAAUGCUGUUGGAUGCGCCAAGAAAAAGGUUUGCUUCAUGUUUAAGGGUAUAGGUAGCAAAAAUCUGCGGACACCGAUAUCGCACAGUGUGUCCUGGGAGGUUGCAAAGAAGUGCUUAGCGAUGGUUUACAAACAUGGAGGCCCAUUGCGUCCCGCUUCCACGAACGAUGAGGAAGUGUUCCAGACAUGGCUCCAGUAUCAUGUGCCGAAAGAUGUCAUUCAAGCCAAUCUCUUGUCUGGCCAGUAGAGUAGAUAUACUUGCAGUUGAAGCAGCGUGCCUCCGAAAUGUGGUACUACAUACAAUCUUGUAGAUUCAAUGGAAAACACACGCA